AUGGAAAGGGAGCGGCUAUCGUCAGAAUGCCCUGAUAUCAAUCUGGAUUUGCCGCUCUCACGAGAGGACACUUUGGUCGCCAAAUCAUCCGUCCAAGAACUGGUCGAGGACCCUCUCAAGUCAGACGUGAAAGGCCUCUUGAAAAAAGUCGAUCGCAACCUCAUGCCCAUAAUUUGCGUCUUGUAUCUUCUUUCAUGCUUGGACCACUCGAAUUUGGGGAAUGCCCGCGAAAAUGGCAUAGGCAAGGCUCUUCAUAUGACUGGAAAAGAAGAUUUCAAUAUUGCCAUUUCCAUCUUCUUUCCCGCCUAUCUCCUUGUACAAGUCCCCUCAAAUCUGGUAUUGAGAGCAUGGCGACCAUCCAUUUGGAUACCAACGCUCAUGCUAGGAUGGGCCAUUAUAACCACGUGUACUGGCAUGGUGCAGAGUUUUGGCGGGUUGCUUGUCUCUCGAGUUUUUCUCGGCCUUGUGCAAGGCGGCGUUUUUCCUGGUCUGGUCUACUUCAUUUCCAUGUGGUAUCAGAGUCAUGAAUGCGGCCUUCGCAUAGCCAUGUUUUAUUCCGUUGCCGUGGCAGGCGGAUCAUUUAAUAGCCUUAUUGGCAGCUGCAUUUUGCACCUGAAAGGUAUUGGGGGCCUGGAUGGUUGGUCGUGGCUCUUUAUAAUUGAGGGAGCUGUUACUUUUGUUGCAGCCCUUAGUGCGUACUGGUUCAUGCAGGACUACCCCGAAACCGCCAACUUUCUAGCAUCAGCCGAAAGACGGUUAGUACUUCGACGGAUUGACGAAGAGCAGUCGUCCAUGCCCAAAGAGUUUCGUUUCAAGUACAUCAAAGACGCUCUUCUCGAUUGGAAAAUAUGGAUUCACAUGAUCAUCACCCUGGGCAUAACGGUACCAAUGUCGUCCAUCUCAGAGUUUCUGCCCGGAAUCAUCGACGAUCUGGGGUACCAAGGCGCGCAUGCGAAAUUGAUGACGAUACCGCCGCACAUCGCCGGCUGCUUGUUCAUUCUUGGCGGUGGCAUCGCCGCUGAUAGACACUCCCAGAGAGGACUGUACAUUAUUUGUUUCUGCAUUGUUGGAAUCGUCGGCUUCAUCAUGCUAGGAGCAACCAAUAGUCUCACCAUCGAAUACAUGUCCUCGUUCUUGAUAGCCAUUGGGACCUAUCCCAUCGUGCCACAGGAUGUCGCAUGGAACGCCAACAACAUUGGGGGCUCAACGAAAAGGGCAGUUGGGAUUGCCAUGCACAUCGGCUUUGGCAAUCUGGGGGGCGCCGUUGCAGGUUUUAUCAUUCGACGACAGGACGCUAGACGAUUUGUGUCAGGUCAUGGUGUGCUGCUGGGUAUGAUGGGCAUGAGUUGUGUGCUUACUGUGUUUAUGACGUGGUAUUUGCGAAGGGAGAAUAAAUCACGGGCGUCGCGGCAGUAUCCUCGGUGGUCGACUGUCCAGGAGCGGUUGGGUGAACGAGAAAGAGGUGACAGGGCUUCGUAUUUUCGGUAUACGAUAUAG